AUGGAAUCUAUCAAGAAAUCUGUGGCUGAUCUUACGGAGCAUUUUAAUUUGAAGAUGGCAGAGUUCCAAAAGGACCUUAAGAGCGCUAUACCUGCAACAAGCCCAACGUCAAACAUUAAUCAUCAGUUCAACUCAUUCCGUGCCUUUGUUCUGACUGCCCUUGAGAACCUUCAACUGCAGGUAGAACUGUUAUCCCGACAGAAUGACGAAAUUGAAAUGAGGUCGCGACGAAAAAUACUGCUGGUGCAUGGUGUUGCUGAGGCGUACAACACUGACGCCAAGUCGGCACACCCGCAGUACCUGAACGAGGUGGGCCACAGGGUGUGCGUGACGCAGCCGCGCGUUGCCGCGGCCGUGUCGCUGGGUGUACGCGUCGCUCAAGAGCGUGGCGAGGAGCCAGGGCGGACGGUGGGCUACGCCGCCUCGAUGACGUCAUCGAGGGGCGAGGACACCUCAAUAGUGUUCAUGACGGAGGGCGUGCUUCUUAGAGAGAUGUUUGCGUCUCCUCUACUGAUGCAGUACUCGUGCAUAGUGCUGGACGAGGUGCACGAGAGAACUCUAUUGACAGACGUCCUCAUGGGCUUACUGAAGAAAGUCGCUAAGAAACGGAGGAACCUCAAGCUGGUGGUAUCUUCGGCCACCAUGGACGCGGAGUUCCUGAGGGACUUCUUCGAUCUCGCGGACAAAAAGGGGCCCGACAGGGGACGCACCUCGGCGAUAAUGUCGGUGCAGGGCCGGAUGCAUCCGAUCGACGUGUUUUACGUUGAAGAGCCCGUCCCGGACUACGUGAAGGCGACGGUCGAAACAGUUAUUAAGAUACACGAGAACGAACCGUUCGGCGAUAUACUAGCGUUCCUCACUUCGCAGGAGGAAAUCCUGUCGGCUCUGGAGCCGCUCCGAGAAUACGCGGAGAAGAACAACACCGAUAAUAAGACGAGGAGGCAGUUCCCCAGUGGAGUGGGAUCAGCAGACAUGGUAGUGCUGCCCAUGUAUGGGAGUCUACCUCACUACCAGCAGAUCAAGGUGUUCCAGACCGCUGGCAGGAAUGAACGGAAGGUGGUCCUGGCCACCAACAUAGCGGAGACCAGCAUCACCAUUCCGGGGGUGGUGUACGUGAUCGACUGCGGGUUCCACAAGUUGCCGCACUUCGACCCGUCCGUCGGCGUCGAGUCGGUUUGCGUCACGUCGAUCUCUAAGAACAACGCCGCCCAGCGAGCGGGCAGGGCGGGCAGAACUAGUCGCGGCAAGUGCUUCAGAUUGUACACGGAGUCCGAAUACGACAAACUGGCGGCCAGUGUACCGCCAGAGAUGUGCCGCAGCGACCUCUCUGGGAUGCUUCUGCAGCUAAAAGCCCUCGGGAUACACAACCUGCUCAGGUUCACUUUCCCCACCGCGCCGCCGGCGAAAUGCCUCCUGGCCGGUCUGGAGUCAUUAUACGCUUUGGGGGCGUUGGCAUCUGACGGGAAUCUGACUCCGAAAGGGGCGAAGCUAGCCGAAAUGCCUCUAAAGCCCACAGUGGCCGCGAUGCUCUACAAUAGCGCGGAGUACGGCUGCAUAGAGGAGAUGCUCUCGAUAGCGGCGAUGAUGCACGUGGACGGCGUGUUCAGGAAGCCCAGCGGCGGCAGGGAGGGGCAGAGGUCCAGAAUCGCCAGACGGAACAACUUCGAGGUAGCGGAAGGAGACAUAAUAAUGUAUCUCAACGUAUACGACGCCUAUUCGAAAACGAAAUCGCGAGACAAGAAAAGCUCGAAGGCGUGCAAAGACUGGUGCCAGAGGUUGUAUAUCAACCAUCGCGUCAUGGAAAAGGCGUGCGAAAUAAGACGGAGCCUGGAGAAACUUAUAAAGGGCAACUUCGAAAUGACGGACAAAGUUUUCGACGAACCCGAUUUGGGUACAGGCAAGUGCCGCCGCGUGAUGAGGUGCGUCUCGUCCGGCCUGUUCGGGCAGGCCGCCAGGCGGACGGGCGCGGGCGAGUACUCGCACCUGCGCGGCGCCUCUCUGGGCGUGGCGCCCGACAGCUGUCUGCACGACGCCCCGCAGCCGCCCUGGGUGGUGUUCGCCGCUGUUCAAAGCUCGGGCGAUAAGACCUACAUGAGGGAGUUGAUGGCCGUAGAGAAGGAGUGGCUGCUGGAAGUGGCACCGCACUACUACAGAGAAGCC